AGGAGGAGGCGAGAUGGGCGGAGGACAGACGCUGCGGGCAGCCAGGUGUGGUGUGGCCGGCGGGAUCCAGACUGGACAGGCCCUGUGGAUUGUGUGCGCACCUGCGUGCCGGCACCAACUUCUUCACUUCCCUGGUCCAUCUUGCCUUCACCUGAUUCUCUUCCCAUGUCCAUCGCUUUCCUUUUUGUCUCUUCCUCAUGACUGUGGCAGGUGACUUAGCGGCGUUUUCCUCUGUCGCUCCUUCCUGACCCCCAGUCCAUAGGCCCUCACGUUGCCCUGAAAUUGCAUCUCUUGCCUUAAGAACCCUGGGAGGGAAGUAGGAUUCCUCUUCCAACUUCCAGCCCCUUGGCUUGAGGUGCCCUGACCUAAGCUCUCUUACUCACUGUGAUCUUUUUGGGGUUGUGGGAGCUGGAAGCAGUGGCUUCGGAAAUGGCCAGAUGGUCAGCCAUGUGGUGAUCCAAGAAAUGAACGGCUGGGGCUUGGGGGUACUGAACUCUUCCGUGAUGUGGGAGUCUUCCGGCCAGGAGCCUUUUCAUCUAGCUGGCUGCCUAGAGCAGGGAGAGACGAGGCCUCCCGGGGUCAGAAGCUCAGGCUUCUGUCAUGGUGCAGGGACUGAAGGUAAAAGAGCAAAAUCUGAUGUUGGUGAAACAGGCUGGCGUGAAGGUGGGGAUUUUUCUUGGGUCUGGAUGAGGACUGGAUGCAGGCUGAGCAUCCAGUUGUACAGACAAAGGGACCGUUCCCGUGCCAGGUCCUCUGAGCGCUGAAGCAGGGAUGCCGCAUUAAAACUGAUGUGGACUUCCUGCUGAAGAAUGGUGAAGUGAGGCCUUUGGGUGGGUCUGGGAGAGCCCAGGCCAGAAAGGGUGGCAUGGGGAGCAUUUCAUAACUCCAGGAGGGUGAAGUUCAGGAUUAUUCCAGCUGCCCAAGUCCAGGUCCCCUCUGGAACUCCGCAUUUGUCAGAUUUAUUCUUUAAUCUUCACCGCCCCCUCCUGAUGUGUGGAUCAAGUUGGAUUCAGAUUUCAACAGGAGCUAGAAAAGAGCUUCUGGAUCACAUCUAGAAGUGGGGGCAGGAGGAACUCAGGGGGAGGGGUGUGUUGAAAGCCAGCCUACAACUUCUUUGGCUGUUCUGCCCAGUCUUUCCAUUUGAGUUUCAGAAAUCCUGGCUCAGGUGUCACUUGUGAGCUCUACCAGAUCACCCCAUACCUGAUUUAUCUGCCCCCGCUACCCCUUUUAUUUAUUUAGGGAACAUUUCCCGAGCAUGCACUGUGCACGCUGAGCAUAGCUGCCAAGAUAAACAGGUCCCUGUCGGUGCUUUCUCUCUGGGGCACUUCAGGAACGAUGGGCUGACACUGAACGAGCUGUGAUGGUGUUGGGGUGCUUGGUGAGGUUCUAGGAGUGGGAGUUGUAGGUUUUCCAGUCUGACUGAGACUGACAAGAUGUGAUCUUGGACAAAUCACUUAACCUCCCUCAUAAGGUGGUUGUGAGGUGCAAGUGAGGUUUGUAGUUGUCAAGGAGAGAUCGUGGCCAUCCCCUUCCUGCUAUCCUUCUGCGACGAGGCUUCCUAAUGACCAGCUUUCAUCCAAACUAGACUCUUCCCACUUGGAUUUGGGAUGGGGAAGGCAGGUGUUCGUUGGGUUUGAAGGGAAUGAGGUGUGAGCUGGGCAGGACCAGCUCAGGUUUAAAUCGUAUUUACAGAGGCUCGUUUUUGUGCAGGCUUUUUGCAUACGUUAUUGAACUCUCUCACCAACAGCCCUUCAUGAGAGGGGGAAGGCUUGUUAUCAUCCUUACCAUUUCACAGAUGAAGGAAUUGGGCUCCAGAAUAGUUCCUCAAACUUCAGUGUGCAUGAGGAUCCUCUGGUUGUUUGUUAAAAAUAUAGAUCCCUGAACCAUACUCUCAAAAAUUCUGGUUCCAAAGGUGUGCAGAGACGCCCAGGAUGUGGUACCCCAGGUGAUUCUGAUCUGCGGCAUCUGCGCGGAGCUAGAUUCUGAUUAUGCUUCAGUGACUUGCCCAAAGCCCAGAGCCGGGAGGUGACAGGUCUGGACCCAGGAGUCCUGCCUCCCAGACCCGGGUCCGAGGGGGCCUAGAUUUCUUCUUGGAAAUAGGGACGGCAAUUCCUCCCGCCUCUCACCUCCCCCUAGGCCCAUUGUGAGGUUAAAAUGAGAUAAUGUAGGAGCAAGCGCUUUUUCAAAUGAGGAGCUGGCAGCAUUGUUAGCGAUUCUGCGAAUCCAUGCAAAUGAGCGCCCGUGGGCGUGGCUGUUCACUUUGGGAGCCUGAGCUGGGAUGUGCCUUUUCAGAGGUGGGUCUGGAAGAAACUGGAAGAAUUCCGGUGGUGGGCAUUGACUGGGGGGUGGGGGGGCAGAGUUUUGGGUUGUGAGAAGGUCUGACGGGAAGGGAAUCCUGGAGAGAGAUGGGUCCAGAGGCCUUUUUCUUCCGAUUCCAGGGCCCCCGGCCACCUGGACUGCCUUGGAGGGAGCAGCCCUGCCUGGGGCCUGGGCUCCAAAGGCAGAGUGUACCUCACCUUUUUGUUCUGCCCCCUCUCAGUGGGCACUGUGGGGGCUGCUGGUUCAGGCCCUGCUUUCUACCUCAUUUGGCUGGGGAAGGCUUUCAUGUUCUCGAGUCUCUGUUCCUCCUCCCUAAUGAAGCUGAACUGAACCUGGCCUCCGUGUGAUUAAACAACCCGCCGCGUCCACAUGGAGGGGGAGCGGCAGGACGGCCGGAGUGGGAUUUGAAAAGAACCCACUGCCCCUCUGGGCCUGGCCCUCCUCUUCUGCCCCACUUGUAUCCAGAUGUGUCUUCAGCCAGGACUGCUGAGGCUCCGCUACAUGGUGAAGCAGUUGGAGAAUGGGGAGGUGAGCAUUGAGGAACUGAAGAAAAACCUGGAGUACACGGCCUCCCUGCUGGAGGCUGUCUACAUAGAUGAGACACGGCAAAUCCUGGACACGGAGGACGAGCUGCAGGAGCUGCGGUCUGAUGCUGUGCCUUCGGAGGUGCGGGACUGGCUGGCCUCCACCUUCACCCAGCAGGCCCGGGCCAAAGGCCGGCGAGCGGAGGAGAAGCCCAAGUUCCGGAGCAUUGUGCACGCCGUGCAGGCCGGCAUCUUUGUGGAACGGAUGUUCCGGAGAACGUUCACCGCCGUGGGCCCCACCUACUCCGCUGCAGUCCUCAGUUGUCUCAAGAACCUGGACCGCUGGUGCUUUGAUGUCUUCUCCUUAAACCGGGCAUCGGAGGAGCACGCCCUGAGGACCAUCGUUUUUGAGUUGCUGACUCGGCAUAACCUCAUCAGCCGCUUUAAGAUUCCCACUGUGUUUCUGAUGGCUUUCCUGGAAGCCUUGGAGACAGGCUAUGGGAAGUACAAGAACCCUUACCACAACCAGAUUCACGCAGCCGACGUUACCCAGACGGUCCACUGCGUCCUGCUCCGCACGGGGAUGGUGCACUGCCUGUCAGAGAUCGAGCUCCUGGCCAUCAUCUUUGCUGCAGCCAUCCACGACUACGAGCACACAGGCACAACCAACAGCUUCCACAUCCAGACCAAGUCAGAGUGUGCCAUCCUGUACAACGAUCGCUCAGUGCUGGAGAAUCACCACAUCAGCUCUGUUUUCCGAAUUAUGCAGGAUGACGAGAUGAACAUCUUCAUCAACCUCACCAAGGAUGAGUUUGUAGAGCUGCGGGCCCUCGUCAUCGAGAUGGUCUUAGCCACAGACAUGUCCUGCCACUUCCAGCAAGUGAAGACCAUGAAGACGGCCCUGCAGCAGCUGGAGAGGAUCGACAAGCCCAAGGCUCUGUCUCUGCUGCUCCACGCCGCGGACAUCAGCCACCCCACCAAGCAGUGGUCGGUCCACAGCCGCUGGACCAAGGCCCUGAUGGAGGAGUUCUUCCGCCAGGGCGACAAGGAAGCAGAGCUGGGCCUGCCCUUCUCUCCGCUCUGUGACCGCACUUCCACGCUGGUCGCGCAGUCCCAGAUCGGUUUCAUCGACUUCAUCGUGGAGCCCACCUUCUCUGUGCUGACCGAUGUGGCCGAGAAGAGUGUCCAGCCCCUGGCAGACGAUGACGGCAAGUCUAAAAGUCAGCCCAGCUUCCAGUGGCGCCAGCCUUCCUUGGAUGUGGAAGUAGGAGACCCCAAUCCUGACGUGGUCAGGUUCCGCUCUACCUGGAUCAAGUACAUUCAGGAGAACAAGCAGAAAUGGAAGGAACGAGCAGCAAGUGGCAUCACCAACCAGAUGUCCAUCGACGAGCUGUCCCCCUGUGAGGAAGAGGCCCCGCCCUCGCCCGCCGACGACGAGCACAACCAGAACGGGAACCUGGACUAGCCGGGCGGGCCCAGGUCCUCGUGAGUCUAACGUGUCCGAUGUCAUCAGCACCAUCCAUCGGGACUGGCUCCCCCAUCUGCUCCAAGGGAGCGCGGAGGUCGUGGAACAGACAACCCACCCGCAGGCCAAAUGCCAGAUUGUGGGGGUGGGGGGGCCCUUCCCCACCCGAUACCCAUUGGGGCGCACUUUACUCUCCUGGCAGCAAGACUGGGGAACUUUGGACUCCCAGUGGUCACUGUGCCCGUCCCCCCGCCUCUGGACCCCCCCAUGGCCAGAUGGCUGGCUGGGGGUGGGGCGCUUCCCAGGGGCUCCCCAGGGCCUGGGGGGAGGGUCAGAGAUGCCAGCCCCCGGGCCCUCCCCAUCCUUUUUGCCUCCAAGUUUCUAAGCAAUACGUUUUGGGGGUUCCCUCAGCCCCCACCCCAGAUCUUAGCUGGCAGGUCUGGGUUCUCCUUUUCCUCCACUGGGAGGGGCCGGAGUGGGAUAGAGAGUGGGGGUUUUCAGAGUCCUAUGUUUGGGGAGGAGAGUGGGCGCCUUGAGGGCACGGGACCUGGCGAGGGCCUGGGAAUGGGGGGGCGCACCCUCUUCACCCCGACCUGCACUGCUUUAGCACCAUCCACAGCCCAACCCCCGCAACCUUCCCUCCCUCCCGUUCUGAAAUGGCCCUGCAGGAGGAGGGGAGCCACAGGCCAGGGCUGAGGGGGGGUCUUUCCCAGGGUUCUCAGGAACCUGGAUUGGUCCUGGGAUGUCACCUGCCCUGGCUGCCUCCCCAGCCCCCCAC